UCAAGAUUUUAGAUUCUAACUUUUCUAUGCAUCUUCCUUCAUACCCUUUCUGUAAAAGGGGUGCUCAAUUUGUAGCUCAUCAAGUAGUACUGGAAUAUUGCUUGUUUCAUUAUCCAUGGCUGGUGAAAAACAACAAUUCUGAAUUCACGGCCACUAUGUUUGUUAUUGGGCUGCUGUUACUUGCAACACUUGAUUAUACAGGGGCUCAAACAGGCGUUUGUUAUGGAAGGCUUGGGAGUAAUCUUCCAUCUCCAGCAGAUGUUGUAGCCCUUUGCAAACAGAACAACAUCAAAAGAAUGCGAAUCUACGAUCCUGAUCACUCCACACUUCAAGCCCUAGCAGGUUCAAAUAUUGAAGUCAUUCUUGGGGUUCCCAACACUGAUCUUCAGAAUGUUGCUGCAAGCCAAGAUAAUGCAAAUAAUUGGGUCAAAAACAAUGUAAGGAAUUAUCCUAAUGUCAAAUUCAGGUACAUUGCAGUUGGAAAUGAAAUCAGCCCACUAGCAUGCACGGCUGGGUGCCCAGACUUUGUUCUCCCUGCCAUCCGAAACAUCUUCAACGCAAUUUCUGCAGCUGGGCUAGGAAACCAGAUCAAAGUUUCCACUGCAGUUGAAACUGGACUAGUUGGAAAUAGUUUUCCUCCAUCAGCUGGCACUUUCCAACCUCAAGUCCAAAAGUUUAUCAAUCCCAUAGUUCAGUUCUUAGCUAGCAAAGGCGCCCCAUUACUCGUUAACGUGUAUCCAUACUUUGUCUACAUAGGCAAUCCCGGGAGCAUAGCUCUUGACUAUGCUCUUUUUACUGCUUCGGGCAUUACCCUACCAGAUGGUGUAAAGUAUCAAAAUCUUUUUGAUGCUAUCUUGGAUGCAAUAUACUCGGCCCUCGAAAGGGCCGGAGGGUCAUCUGUCGAAAUUGUUGUAUCAGAGACAGGCUGGCCAUCAGCUGGAGGUGGACAAGCUACAUCAAUUGACAAUGCCAGGACUUACAACAAUAACCUGAUUAAGCAUGUCAAUGGAAGUUCUGGAACCCCAAAAAGGCCUAGAAGAGCUAUUGAGACUUACAUUUUUGAUUUGUUUGAUGAAGACCAAAAGAGUCCAGAAUAUGAGAAGCAUUUUGGGCUCUUUCUUCCAAAUAAGAAGCGAAAGUACCCAAUCAGUUUCUAACUGGAUUGAGGAUUCAAGUGUGUAAAAGGAAUAAGGAUCGAUAGACUUCAUGUGUUGUCUUAAUUUAGCAAGCAUAGGUACAUUAUGUAAAUUGCUUGGAAUUAGAUUAACUUAGACCAUCAUAACCAAAUAAAUACAGCCACCUAAGUUUCUCUUUU